CCUCUCUCUCUCUCUCCUUCUCUGUGCAAUUGAAACUCAACUGGAAGCAGAAUGAAUACGAUGAUCAUUAGCUUGUUUUUGUGCCUGAUCGUUUGUGCUGCAACCAUUGAGGGCGGCAUCAUUGCCAGCCAUCCUGAUGAGCUGAUUUCUAGCCCCGCUCAAUAUGAGUUCCAGUACUCGGUGCACGACAGCCAUACGGGCGAUGUGAAGGAUCAGUUUGAGCAUCGACGUGGUGAAUAUGUUAUUGGUCGUUAUUCACUAAUCGAACCCGAUGGACAUCGUCGCAUUGUCGAUUAUAGCGCCGAUCCUUUGCUGGGCUUCAAUGCUCAGGUUCGUCGCGAACCCAUUUCGAUUCUACAACAUCAUUAAAGAGAUCAAAUGGCUGUUGAUGAUGACUGUUAAGUUUUUUAUACACUAUUAUUAAAAUGCUGCUC